CGGAGAGAGAGUGACGGGGGUUGGGGGGCCCUACCGCUAAAGGCGAGCCCGAAGAACGGCGAAUAUUUCUCAUUAAUUAAUCUCAUUACAAUCCUACAGGCAGCGAGAGUCUUCGGACAUGAAACUCAUAAUGGCCAUGGAGCAGGCAGUAGUCGACGGUCUUACAUGAAAAAUGUGUACGGUUUGAAGGGGAACGUCAUCACCGGUGCCAAGGGGGCAGUUCUCGACAUAUGUCUGUUCGAGGGGUUCGGAGCGGGUGCUGCGAACACCCCGUUCUACAACGACCUCCGGCGGCAGGGCGGGUUUGUUUUGGGUCGAGAGUUCUUCGACCUGUUGGAGGACAAGGGCAUCGCCCUCGACGUCCCUUGCGAAGUCGGUCCCGACCUGGAACUGUCAAUGCCUUUGCAUCCUUGCGGCGGUUGUGAGUCGAGCGGGGCAGCGGGGGAGGGGGGGGAUCUGGGUUCCGGGGAGGCUACACAUGUGCAGCGGGAGGAUGCCAGAGGUCAGUUUGACGACAGCGAAGAUGAGGCGACACCGCAUCCGCUGUUUUCGCCGUUGAGGGAAAGAGACAGGUCCGUGCUGUCCAUACCUGGGGUCCGGCAACAGACCGCAGCGAAUCCCGGAGAAGAGGGAGUCCUGUGUGGGUCUGACUUGGAGCCCGCUGAGGGCCAUGGCGCAGAAGGCGAGGCCGUGGGUGGGGAGGGAGCGCAGGGCACUCACCAAAAAAGGAGGGGAGAAUGUCAAGAAGAGUUGGUGGGCUCUUCGAAGAAACAGAAGACCAAGACCCCGAGGACUGAGGGAGAGAAACGGAAGGGGAGGGGGGUGGAAGAGGGCCACCCGGGUAGCAAACGUCCAGCUUCGAAACAUAAACAGCCUGAGUCGGGACCUUUUUCACCACGGCCUGCCAUCGACGUGGACGCCGGGUACUUCCUGGAGUACAAAGACGGCGUCAGGACAAGGCGGGAGUUUGAGAUCAGCCCGGCUCAGAUCGUUGACAUAAGGGAGUGGGAGGAUCUUWACAACCAGCGGUUGCUAGAUCCCGUCCUCGUGGAAACGAUAAGGGAAGCAAUGCGGUCUGCGUUCGAAAAUAAAGAACAGACGUACGAGUUGUCGGUCUUCAAGCUCGCACCACUAGGGCUUCAAAAACCAACUCAUGGGACCAAGGCACAACGUCUGAAGCUAGAGGAGUGGAAGGAUGAGCUGGCGGGAGAAUACUACUACGCCGCGGUGUGCGGGCAGCACAACGCGGCUGCAGCCAGGUCGCUGCUCGGCAGCGAGGUGGCCAAGAAGUACAAUUUCGAGCAUUGGCCGGCACUGAUGGUGUACUUUUCCGACGAUGACUUCGAAGGGUAUUUUCUUGUUAGUUCACAGGACAACAAGAAGGACCUGAAGGUGCCUCCCAGACAGUUAAAACUUUCUAUGAAAGACAUUCGAUGGCAAUGGAAGCAUGACGGCUGCCCAAGAGCUGUGAUGGGGAACCCUAGCGGGAAACAAGAUCAGGUCCAGGCUUGGCGUAAGUUUUGUACAACGGCGCUCCAUAAGGCGCCUCAAAACAGCUUGUGGCUUCUCGCGGAUCAAAAGGAAGAGGAGGCCAUUAAGAAGCAAAAUGCUGCCCUGCGUUCUUACUUACCUCUGGCGAUGGCUGGGGAAAAUGUCUGGAAACUGGCUGUGGAAUUUUUCGAAAAAUGGGAGACGGGCAGAUUGAUGAGCCACGAUGGGGCAAAGUGGACCGUCAAAAAGAAGAAGGUCAAAAACGUAAAGCCUGGGGUCGCCUACAUCCACAACGACAAAUUGGGCAGAACGGAGGUGGUGUACAACGUCCCCGUGGACCCGCCGAAUAAAAAGGGCAAAAAGGAGAAAGAGGAGGGCGAUUGGUUCGUGCAAGUGCCAGACCCGGACGCGCAUUGUUGGAAAGCAAUGGAAUCACUCACGGACAAUGAGAAGUGUCGUGUUCUGAAAAAGGUGCUUGCUUGCGAGGUCGUUUGGGUCCAGGCCGGCUCCCCGUCGUUGGCGAAGUUGGGAAAGCUCAGCGUGCAGGACAUGGUUCAGCUGGUGAAGUGUGACCGCGUGCUGGUCCGGUUGUGGAAUUACUACCAAUUCAAGCACGAGAAGAGGCCGGACGCGGACUGGAUCCAAAGGUACCCUUUCAUGAAAUCGAGGUCUGCCGUGUUCAAGAAGUUUGAAGGUCAGGGAUUGGAUGACGAGUUGUGGGAUAACAGCAGGAAACACGUUUCCGACUCGGCGCUGUUCAAGGACUGCCCAUCGUACAUGGGUUGCGACUAUGACAAUUCGAUUGAGGUGACGGAGAAGUUGGUGGGCCACAAGAAGUUGUCCGUCUACUGGAGAAACAAGGUUCUCUCCGUGUUGAAUGGAAGCAGACUGAAGAGCCGGGAAGUCGCACUUGCCGAAGGCGUCGUUCACAUUAAAUGGAAAGACACGGGGGACAUGACAUCCAUCGCGUCGUUGGCCAACGACCCUUUAGAGGCGGACAUCAGGGGCGUAGAGCUGAAGAAGGCAGUGGCUGCCACAAAGAGCCACACGCUUGUCCUCGAUCUGUGCGAGCCGGUUGACCUCAAACUUUGGAAGCCCCAAGCGUGGGAGACUUUGAAUUCUUAUCUUCAGACGUGGUGUCCCUCGCAUUGGACUCUCGUUGUUUUCGUGCUGCGGCAGCACAACCUAUCGUUUCUCACCAGCAUGCACCAUCUUUCUUUCGUCAAGCUGUUGGAAGGGAAGUGGGUGCGGAGAGUGCAGCAAAAAAAAAGCUUCCCCGUUGGGAACAAUUUGUACACGGAGGAAGACCACAUGUACAUCCUCUUCAAAGGUGACGACGAUCUGCGCGUCAACACGUCCGUGGUCUACGAGGGAAACCUGCCCACGGGUGCCGCUGCUGCGAGCAGCGUCUACGGGGAUAUGGAACGCAAUCCGACCCAAUUCGUCGGUCUUCUUGAUUUUCUUGGCAAGAAGGGAGAGGGUGUCGUGUUCCUUGGGAAACCACAUGCGCGAAGCGUCUGGGAGCUUUUGAAGGCCGGCGGGCACGUUGUCGCAAUGGAAGGGAACUUCGACCUCUUGCAAUUCACGAUGCAGGUGGUGAAAAGCAAGGUCAAUUUGGGUGGGCACAAUUGUGAGUUCAUGGUCGUGAGGCCAACACGGGAUAAGGUGUGGAGCAAGAAGACGGAUAUGUGGUUCAAGUUGAGCGAGAGGAAGAGGAACAAGAUAUACAAUUUCUUGUUCCUUCAAACGCGUCCGAGGAGGGACACUGACGCCGAGUACAUCCGCCGGAAGGACCACAUGUUGGCACUGCUCGACAACUACCACUUCGCUUCCCGCAUGAACGCGAAGACGUUUAUCGAAAGGCUGCAGUCGCUGUACUUCGUAAAGUCCGAGGUGCAGUUGAAGUUAGCCAGUUACGCUUCCCUGAUCUCCACUGACGACGAGGAAGCCAUAGGUGUGGAGUUUGUCGCCAAAGCGAAGGAGGAGGAGAGCGACACGGAGAGCAUCGACCUGCAGUACGACCCGCCUCCGGCAGACCACGGCCGAGGGUCCUCGUCGGUCGGUCCAUCACCAAGCGCUGCAGCCCUCGUGUCACCAUUGGCCAAACCGGCACCGGGCACCACGCCAAUGAAGUUGCUGGAGAGGCUUAGAGCUCUGGCCGCCCCCCCGCCCGCUUUGCGUCCCGGGUCCGUUGUCCCGCCCGAUCAUCCGUCUUGGAAGGAUGACAACAUCCACUUCCUGCUUGAACCGCAACGACAAGUGCUGGUUGGAAUUGAUGGAGGACUACUACGAGCUCGACACGAGUCCAUCGAAGGGCGUGGUGGACUGGAAAGUGCCCCCUCCCACUGGGCCGGAUGGUGGUUCCGGGGGGGGGGGUCACCUGGAAGCGGAGGGGAUGGGGGUGGCGACGCAAAGGGUGGCAAAGGAAUCCCGCCUAUGCGGGAGAGAGGGUCUCAUGGCCGCAACACGACACCGGGAGGCAGCGCUGGGGUGGCGGGUUUCGCCGUCGAUCGGACUCCGUCGACAGGCACCCGGCCCGAGCACACGACACACUCCACCGACCCCCUGACUUCGUCCAUGGGCUCAGCGAGGGACACGUUGGCAGCCUUGGUUGCUCUAGGCAGUCGCUCGGCCGGAAAGCCGAAGUCCACCGGGAUCCGAACUACGUCGGGUGAGGAGCCGCCAGAACGGUCCGGAAUGCGAAGCUGCUCGGGGUCGGGGGAUCCAAGCACGGAUCGAGAAAUUCGCAGCAUUGCGGCGCGGGACGGAGACGUCGGAACGGUGUCGCCUGAGCGGGAGCGACGGCCGCAAGGAUUGCAGCGGGAGGCUGCAAGUGCAGGGUCCGGCGACACGGAGACCACGAAGUCCGCCGAGAUCCGAACUUCUUCGGGCGGGGUUUGUCGGCCAGGGAUUGUCGUGCCGUUGAGAGGGGCAGCGUGCAAGGGGACGGAAGGGCGGUCCUCGCGAUUCGGCACGCGUACCGCGGAAGGGGACGAGUUUCGUGGGAGGGAAGUAGGGGAGGAAAUGGAGGAACAGAAGGGAGCGCAAGAAUGGGAGGAAGAAGGGGAAGAAGAGGUGGAAGGGGAGGAAGCGGGAGAAACGGAGCUAAUUGAUUUGUUUGAAGGAAGGGAGGGUGUCGGGGCUGGAGAAGACGAAGUGGAACACAGUGAGGACGAUGCCGGAUCUGGAGAGUAGUCUGACGAGUUCAGACAACUGUACGGAGAGCAUCACGAGGAUGAUGUCGACGACGAUGCCACAGCAAUAGAGAUGG